AUGCUCAAGUUCUUCUUCAAGGAAGACCCAAAGGAGCUUGUGCGGAAAUGGCAGGCGACCUUGCGGGCAGAGCAGCGGGGCCUAGACCGGCAAGUCCGGGAUAUCCAAUUUGAGGAGAAAAAGGUCCACAAGGCCAUCAGGGAAGCUGCCAAGCGGGGCGAUAUGGGUUCUGCCAAGCACCUGGCCAAAGAGAUCAUCCAGAGCCGCAAGGCGGUGGCCAGGCUGUACACCAACAAGGCCCACCUGCAGAGCCUCAAUACCGCCCUCAUGGAGCAGCUAGCCAUGUUGCGGGUUGCCGGUACUCUGAGCAAGAGCACCGAGGUGAUGAAGGCGGUCAAUACGGUCAUCAAGGCGCCGGAGCUGCAGAAAACCAUGAUGGAGAUGUCCAAGGAGAUGAUGAAGGUGGGCCUGAUCGAGGAAAUGAUCAGCGACGCCAUCGAUGGCGCUCUGGGUGCGGAGGACGAGGAGGAGGAGACGGAGGAGGAGGUGCAGAAGGUGCUUGAUGAGAUUGCGGUGGAGACGCGGGCGGCACUACCGGAUGCCAGGCGUGCCGCUCGGGAGCGCCAGCAGGCUGCUGCGGCGGAGGAGGGUGACGACAUGGAGGAGCUGCGGGCCCGGCUGGAUGCAGUGAAGGCCUAG